UCCGCAGUCCCAUGGGAUGCACUCAUGUGAUGUGUCCUAUCACGCUCACCGUGCCAGUAGUUUGAAGUAAAUUCCUCCGCGCUCUUACCGUAAUACCUAGUGUAUGCGCGUAUUAAAAAACAACCUCUCAAAACUUUACCAUAGCUGCAGCGAUGUGGACUGGUCGGGGACCGAGGGCUGUGGCUAUUGUUGGCACUGUGACGAGAUCCAGAUCCAGUGCCACCGCUUUAAAAUCCCAGUAUGAUGCACUCGUAAUCGGAGGAGGACACAAUGGAAUGGUGGCAGCUACGUAUCUCCAGAAGGGAGGACUGAAGACAGCGGUGCUGGAGCGCAGACAUGUUCUGGGAGGAGCAGCUGUUUCAGAAGAACUCUUUCCCGGUUUCCACUUCUCCAGGUGUUCCUAUUUGCUCAGUUUAUUAAGGCCGCACAUAUACACCGAUUUAGAGCUCAAGAAACAUGGGCUAAAGGUGUAUAAGAGGGACCCCCAUGCCUUCACCCCCAUGCUGGAGGAGGGGGUAAACGGUGCCCCGCCAAGGUCUCUCACCCUGGGCUCCGAUCUGGCCAUGAAUCAGAUGGAGAUCGGCAAGUUCUCAAAGAAGGACGCCAAGGCUUUUCCAGAUUUCAAUGCAUACCUUGAGAAGCUAGCAGGAGCUAUUCACCCUCUUUUGGAUGCUCCUCCUGUAGACAUCCCAGGUCUUACCUCUGGAUCGCCCAUGAAGAGGCUUGCUGCAGCUAAAACACUGAUGCCUAUUGUCAAAUGUGGUUUGAAACUGGGAAGAAACAUUCCAGACUUUUAUGAGAUUAUAACUGCACCAAUAAUGAAGAUUCUCAAUCGUUGGUUUGAGUCGGAGCCACUGAGAGCAACACUGGCUACUGAUGCUGUGAUAGGAGCCAUGACCAGUCCAAGUAAUCCUGGUAGUGGAUAUGUGCUCUUGCACCAUGUGAUGGGAGAGUUGGAGAAGGAGAAAGGGUCAUGGGGUUAUGUGGAGGGAGGCAUGGGAGGCGUGUCUCUGGCUAUCGCGAGCUCUGCUCGAUCCUAUGGUGUGGACAUUUUCACUGAGAAGGAUGUAGGACAGGUCCUGGUUGGUUCAGAUGGUGCUGCCAAGGGAGUGGUGCUAAAGGAUGGCACAGAGAUCCAUAGUAAAGUUGUUUUAUCAAACGCUACCCCAUAUGUUACCUUCAAGAACCUCACACCUCAGGCUGCCCUUUCUCCAGAGUUCAUCAAAGCUGUAGAUCAGAUAGACUACACCUCACCUGUGACCAAGAUCAAUGUGGCAGUGGACAAGCUACCAAACUUCCUAGCAUCUCCCACACAAGAUGAUAAACCAGGACCCCACCACCAGUGCUCCAUUCAUCUCAACUGUGAAAGUGUCGAGCUACUGGAGACGGCAUACAAAGAGUCCAUCAAUGGACGUCCCUCAACAAGACCCAUGCUGGAAAUGACCAUCCCCUCUGUGUUGGAUCCUACUCUGGCCCCCCCUGGCUGCCACGUGGUGUCACUGUUCACCCAAUUCACCCCUUACCACAUCGAGGGCAGGGAGUGGACGAACGAGGACAGGGAGGCCUAUUUAGACACUGCAUUUGACUGGGUGGAGAAAUACGCCCCUGGGUUUAAAAAGUCGGUUGUGGGCAGCGACAUCCUGGCUCCACCGGACCUGGAGAGGAUAUUUGGGCUCACUGGAGGAAAUAUCUUCCAUGGAUCAAUGUCGCUGGACCAGCUCUACCUAGCACGACCUUUGCCCUCUCUCUCCGACUACCGAACACCAAUAAAAGGGCUGUAUCUGUGUGGCAGUGGCUCUCAUCCAGGUGGUGGUGUGAUGGGUUCUCCCGGCUGGAAUGCAGCGUUAACUGUCUUGGGUGACUUGAAACGCCACUGAAACAUGAGAGCAUCGGUGUGUGUUCCGCUCAUCAGGGUUCAACCUUUUUUUUGUCUUAUUUGUGUGAAUUUGACUGAUCUGAUCAAUUCAUUUCCAACUAUCAAUCUGAUCAGCUGUCUCUCCAUCAUGCUAUGGAACUCAAGGGCUGAAUGAAAGAUGGUUUUAGCCUCUUUAUAGGCCGUCCUUGUCAAAAGUCCACCAGUGAAUCACUCCUGGUUGUAAACACUAGUGCAAUACUGCUGCACUAAACCACUUAUACAUUCUAACUGAGUCAGCAGAACAUCACUAUUACCAGCACAAAAUUAAUGUUGACAAAUGCAUUUUUAUAAUAAUUGAAACUUGGGACUUUCAACAACUUUGUAUGAAUAAAUGAAAAUGAAUUCAAGCUUAUGUAUUUGAUUUUCUUGAAACUAUGUAUAAUGAUUAUUGACGUGUUGAUAUCCGGGUGGAAAUAUACCUCUUCACAACUAACAUUAUUUUGUCAUGGGAGGAAAACAUAGGUGCUAGAAAUAAGAUUAACAAUGUGUUAUAUUCAAAUGUCCCAGUAGGUGUAGGGACCUUAAAUAUGAAUCAGUGAAAUUAAAUCCAGCAAUAAUUAACUUUAUUAUGUACACCUGUGCUCUUCCUACUAUAACAAAAUGUCCCUCUGUGAAAAACACCAUAUCCACACAUUAGAAUAGAAGAUAGUGUUGGUUUAAUCUGAUACAUUAUUAUCCUAUAAUAAUAUAAUAUAAUGAUGCACAAGCUACCAAACAGGGUUCUCCUCUAACUCUGGAGGACCCUAAAGAAUAAGCUUAAAGCUUCAUUUUUGACAGUAUUAUGUUUGUAGUAUGACCAAAU